AUGAAUCACAUGUUCGUCGCUCCGCCAGAAGAAGAGUGCCUUAUUCAAACGUCAGAGUCCUCCUUCCGGACAGCACGUGUGAGCCCCAUGGAGCAGUUCGAACUCAGAUAUCGCCAGGUCUGGCUCUAUGCCAUGAGACACUACCCGCUAAUGCCGCCUGAUCCAAAGACUGACGCCAAGCUGUUCGCAAAUUUCAAUCGUGCAAAGGCUGAUGAGCAUACGGUCUGUGAGAUGGCUAGACUCGCCUACCGGCUUGGUUUUCGGUCGACUGAGAUUGAAGAACUGGUUAAUCGAUCCCCAGACCGGGCAAUUGCACGUACGGCAUUACUCCAGGCUCGCAAACCUGGUAUUUUCCGCUACGAACCCCAGGUAUUUGAACUGUUAGUCGACAAGAUCAUCGAAUGCUUUCAAAAUGCUAUUCCGGACCAAGCCAAAACGUCUCCUGAGCAUCUCGCAAAUUUCUCUACAGAUCUACGCAUGCGAUGUAGCCUGUCGCGAAUGUAG